AAGGGGGUGCAAGAGAUACAGACAAUCAAAUUUAUUACGCUUUCGCUUAGCGAAAAUAAAGCUUUCGUUAAAAGUCUCGACUUUAUUCUUCCUAAUCGCGCUGCUAAUUGAAGAAAACUUGUUUCGCAAAAAAUAGCCGAGUGGAGAAGGCGGUAAGGAAAGGUUGUCUCCCCUCUAUGUGCUCUUGCGCACCGAGAGAACGCCAUUUUCCAAGAUCUGUGGCUGCUAGAAGCGACUGCGAUCUCCAACCGAGCAUCAGUAUACGGCAGCUGAGUUGUGCACCAGGCAAUGAGGAUCUGAGAGGCCAGCAUGAAGACCGUCUUACAGAGCUGUGUGUUGCUGACCUUGCUGGCGGUGUUUCCUGCCACACAGGCCAGACCUAGCAAAGACAACGCAAAGAAACAAGUAACCAAAGCAAAUGGUGACAUUGACUGGCAGUCAAAGUGGUGGACCUCUGGAAGCAAGGAAGAAACUGACGAUUCCAAAGAUGGUUGGAAAAUUUUCAAACUAGAGAAACCAGCUGUAUGGCGACGAUGGUGGGAAGAAGACUGGGAAGAAGAUGACUGGUGGGCACCUAAAGAAAGCAGCACAAUCAGCAGUAAACCAGGUGAGCACCAGACCCUUCCCUCUGUGGACACCAGCAAACAACAAAGUAAAGAUGUUCCACAGCUUCCUAGCCAACAAAAUGCAGAUGAAAAGCCUUCAGCUCAAAAUGAGGAGACAACCACUGUGCCAGAGCCCUAUGCUUUGCCUCUCAUUAGUGAGUCCAAAUUGCAAGGAGCUAAAGAUUCUGAAGCUGCUAACAGCUCAGAGAACCAAGCAUUGCCAGCAGCAGAAACACCACGAGAAAAGAUGGACCCAGCCUUUGCCAAAGACACCAUCAGUCCCUUUGAAGAUCCUAGCCCUGGUCUACAUGCUAGCCCGAAAGAUGAGGUUGCCGGUGAGAAGGACUGGGGCUACCACUCUUAUGGGGGCUUGGGCAAAUAUGUCAGCAAUGAUGUGGACACUAAACCUGAGUCCUUGGUUUCCGAGAAGAAAGCAGAGAAUCUGACCAAAAAGGAGGACAUUGUGGUUGAGAAGGGGAAAAUAGAAUUGCAGAUACAAAAGGAAGACAAGAACAAAGACAUAGCAGAAGACAAAGAGAGUGUUGUUGAUCAGUUUUAUGGCUUUGGCUUGGAGGCUGACCCACUUCUUCCAUUGGAGAAGAAAAUUGGGGUCAAAACAAAGCAAACUGCUACUGCAGAACCUAAGACAGAGAAACCGGCACACUUGCACAAUAAAGAAAACUACAACCAGGGUGUGAUCUUUGACAAGAUCCCUGGUGAAACAGAGGAGAAAACUCACUCAGUGAAGAAGGAUCUUGGAAAUCAGGACUACAUGAAGGACUUUGUCAACACCAAAGCCAAUCCACACACCAGUCCAAACCCUGCACCUCCUGGCCUUGCCAACAAAAAUGCCACACAAGAGGAGACAACAACACUGAUCCAGACAACUCACCAACAGCCUGACAGAAAUGGGGAGGACACCAAGAAGGAACCAGCUUACUUCAUCAAGUCACACCCACUAACUUACUGCAAGUUUGAUGGAGAGUGCCGCAGUGGCCGAAUGUGCAAAGAGGGCUUAUGUGUAUGUCUGCCUGAGGAUGGGUGCGAAGGUCACUGGAAGCCAGUGUGUGGAUCUGAUGGUGUGAAGUACUCCAGCCAUUGUGAGUUGCACCGCACUGCUUGUGUCAAGGCUGUCCAUAUCAAAGUGGAUAUGUCCAACAGGUGUAUGGCCUCACAUGAGGCCAUCGACAAAAUGAAGCAGAUCGAGGAACUUCAACAACAGAAGCACCUGCUUCCACAGGCUAGCAAGAAGAAUGAAGACAGCACUAGCAAGAACAAAGAUGACGACAGUAGCAAUGAUGAGGAGGAAGAAGAAGAUGACUUUGAUGAUGAAUGGUUUAAGGACAAUAGUAAUGAUGAUUCUGAGGAGACAGUCAUUGAUUCUAGCAAAAUCUACAACUACACAAAGGAUUUGAAAAAAGUCUCCAGCACCACAAGCGAAACCACCAAGAAACCAGCUAAAACACAAAAGGACUUUGCUCCUUGGGACUAUGUGAAAGAAGAAACUGGGGAAGAGUUUGAGCCAGUAAAAACCAAGGAAGACCAUGAGGACAAAGAGGGCUACCAACAGGAUGCCAGCGUCAAGACCUGCGAUGAGAAGGAGCUGGCCAAAUUCAAAGAAGAGUUGCUAGCAUUCCACUGUAAACGCUUUGAAGAGCCUGACUGUAAACUAGAACUACAACAGGAGAGGGAAUACCUGUCUAAGCUGAUGUUCAGUUACCUGGAUAAGAACACUGAUUAUCAGCUUGACUACAAUGAGCUUAACAAGCAGAAGAAGGAAAACUUCAAGGAGCUGAGUCCGGUGUGUGUUUUAACUGAUCUGAUUUGGUAUGAGGAUACCGCUAAUGCUGACGGACAGCUUUCACUUGAUGAGUUCAUCGCAGCUUUCAACCAUAAACCAGUAGUACAUAAUGCACCAGAGCCGGUCAAAACAACAGCUGCCGCUCCUGUGGUUUACAUAAUCCCAACCCUAGCAACCGUUGGCAAUGGGCUGGAGCUCAAGUGUGGACUUGCUUCUGACAGCUCCAGUAUCAUGUGGCGUCGUCAUGGGGUCAACAUUCGUGACCUGUCCAUGAUUGAACUUUUGGUUUUGGAUGACGGCUCUCUGUUCUUCAGCAAGAUGGGGGUACACCACAUGGGAAACUACUCUUGUGAGGAUUCUUCCAACCCUUCUGUCAUACAGGUUCAUGCUCUCAAAGUACAGAUGCCUCCAAUUGUGAAAGUUUCUCCUCACUCCCUGAUCAAGCCAUCCAAAGUGGAUGAGAAGAUUAAGUGUCACGCAGAAGGGGUUCCUAAGCCUACCGUUUCCUGGCAGAUAAAUGGCAUGGACCUUCCCAACGAACCUGACCAUUACACUACUGCAGAUGGUGCUGAGAUACUGACCAUCCACAAGACAGAUUAUGAACGGGACACUGGGGCCUACAAGUGUCUUGCCAAGAACCAGGCUGGCUCUGCAGAAGACAUUGCCUCACUGUUUGUCAUUGGUGAUAAGGAGAGAACAGUGAACAUGGGAUUCUCAGAAGAAAGCUCAGGUACAUUUGUAGUGUUCCAUGACCAAGGUUACACUGCUUAUAAUCCAGACAGCUGCCUCCAGCAUAGAAAUGUACAUGGAGAUUUUGGCUACUUCAAGUUUAUCCCUGACAACCUAGAUAGUCCCCUGCGUCUGUGUGAGGAAAACAAGGCCUGUGAGUGGGGUGGGGCUGUCAACGUCCGAAACAGUUUUGUGUAUGUGACUCAGCCAGCACUGAACAGGGUGGUUGUCAUUGAGACCACAAAGAAUUGGAUUCCCAUUCAGGUAGUUGCCACAGACAAACGACCAAUGCAGGUGCACUAUGUAGAGCAUUUGGAUCAGGUAUGGGUGCUGUGCUGGAAUGGGGAGGAGGAUGACAGCAGCAAGACUAUCAUUGUUGUGCGUGAUGCAAGCAAGUUUGUGCAGCAUCGGGCUGUCCAUACACAACCUGUAGGAAAUCGUUUUGAUCAGGUGCAGGAUCUCUUUAUUCCACCACCCAAUGACUUGCACCAUAGUUACAACUAUGGGUACAUAACACACAGUGGCCAGCGUGCUCUCACAAAACUUGACCUGGACAACAUGCGCUAUGUUAAGGCUGUUGACCUGUCUCCUUACGACUGUGUGCCACAUGCUCUUGCAUUCGUGCCAAUUGGUGGCCAUGUAGUUGUUCAGUGCACAUCACCUGUAAACCAUCAGAUGCUGCAGCUGGUUCUCGACUACAUCACAGAUGCCGUCAUUUCCACAACGGUGCUGCCAGGCCGCCCUUAUGUUUCUCCAGAUUCUCGUCACGUGGUCACGGUGGAUGACCUGACUGGCAAAGUUUCUGUCACCGGUGUUUCUAAUGAGGGUGUACUGGAGCCAGCAUAUGAGGUUACAGUGUCUGCCAGCAUCAGCGAUGUUGACUUCUUCCCUCUAACUGGCCAUGGCUACCUGUUGGUAUUGACCUCAGCUGACGAUGAUGAUAUUAUCAUAAUCAAUCUGGCAACAGGCAAAGUAGAGAAGACCAAAGGAACAACCAAGACCGACACCUCUUCAGAUUGGCAUCCCUCUCCAGUCACACGUACCAUUGUCAGUGGAGAUGUAUUCAGUGACUUCCUGCUUGCGCCCUCAAAGUCCUCCCUGAGCAUAGUGGACAUAAAGUUCCGCAAGGUGCAGUGUGAAUACUCAGAUAUCCAACAUGGUAGCGUCAUGGCAUUUGUCGGGCAGCAGUAAACACGCUUUUGCAUGACACAUCCGAGUACUAUGUGGGGUUAGCAAGUUUGAAUGCUGUAUUGUAAAACACAAAGAAAAAAAUGUCGCUUACUCAUGCUUAUGUUUAGGGAACACAAGGAAUUCAUCUUGAAAAUGCUGCAGCUUCAUAGACACAAAAAUGUGUCGUGCGUAUACUUAGAACAUAAGACAUAAUAUUCCAGAAACUCUUUUUAAGGGUAAUAGUGUUUACCUUUGUCCCCAUUUGUGCUUUUGUGCCACUAUGCAGAUACUUGGGAAAAUUACUUUUUAUGUAAUUUGUAAUAUAGGAAGACAAGGGUAGGUUGCACUGGAGAAAUCAGCUUAAACAAGAGUCAGAGAACACAUUCUAAUUUUUUGCAUGUUUCAUAUUAUGAUGUGUGUGAGCCUUGCAGCAGAGAUCCCUGUUGCUUGUGCAUGAAUUACUGUACAGCUGGUUGUGAUGGCUCAUUUGAACUUAGCAUUGCAUGUAUGUCUACAGCCAUUGCUUAGCAUAUUCCCAUCGUUUUUAAUUAGUAGGUCAUUGAUGCAUUGUGUUGGAGCAUUAGCUUAAAGGCAGGGGAUCAGUUAAUAUUGCAUAACAUCCUAGUCCUAAGCAAUUUCAGACACUGUACGUGUUCGACUUUUGAAACAGACCUACCCCACCCACUGACCCACGCGCCCCAACCUCUCCUCGAAACACAUACACAGAGAUUUACUUGCUCUUGUCAGCACAGCUUCGUGCAAACAUUAUCUUACAUGAAAAUGCAUAACUGUGUUUUUUAUUGUAUAGUAUGACUGUUGACAUAUGAGAGAUCUUUUGGGGAAUGUGUUAAUUGAAACAACUAUUUGUGUCAAAGUAGUCAAAUUGGUUACCUGUAAAACUGACUUGUCAGCAUAUUUCCCUUUUUAAUUUGUAAAUUCUUUGUCUACAAACACAAUUUGUACUUAUGUACACAGGCACACAUAUGCAUACAUGCAAGUACAUACACAUCUAUUUUCUCAUUCUCUUGUCAUGAGUAUCUUCGAGUAGUUACCUUCGUACGUCGUAAGUCCUCAGUACUUAACAAUGUACAGCCUUGCUUUGAGCUUUUUAUGUGAGAACAAGAACAAUUUAUUGAGGUUUGGACUACAGAUAUCAUACUGACUCUUGCAAAUUAUAGAUUGUAUGAAACUAUUUAUUUUAGAUUGCAUGAAGUUAUUUUGAGCUGAAAUGCGAAGGUAUUAAACUUGUCAUAUGAGCAUCUUGUUUAGGCUGUUGUCACAAUAAAUAGGUUUGCAGUUUUCAAUACUAUGCUUUCCAUGUGUAGUUGUUCCGACAGAUCACUGUGCCAACAAUAUGCACAUAAUAAAGUCAGACAUGGGCUGCGUUAUCAUGAAGUGUUAACUUACAGUUUUAUGUUCUUGAGUCGGUUACCUUAAAAUAUUUGUUUGGAGGGGUUUGUAUUUUACGUUUUAUCUCAAGGUGCCAUUGUGUCAGUUCUUCGUUAUUAUCUGUUUUUUUAGAUCUAAAGGUCAUCAUAUAUGCUUAGCUGUAUGUGGAUUUUGAAAACUUGUUACAGUCAUUAAAUUUUUGUGUCGGGUUGUACCAAGUUUAGUGGGUCUAGCAGCAGUUGGGUCAGUCUUUGAUGUCAUUUGUUAGCCUUCCCAUAGAAACCUUGAAGCAGCAGUAACACAGCAUUUUUGUUGGUGAGAUCUUUAAUGGAUCUGAGAUUAGAGCAGCCUUUUAUUUUUCUUGUGGUGGUUGAAAGAGGGGUAAAGGAAGAAUUACUGAAGGUGCUUUUCAUCUGGGCUUCAGAUAAUGUGUAGCUGCAAUCAUUUCAAGAUGAACAAUAGUGAAUGCUCCAGGAUAAGUACAAUAUCAGAUAUCAGGUAUUGGCAUGAGUGUCAGAAUCAGAAGAACUAAAAAGACCACAGAGUUGCUCCAGGACAGUGUGCAGAGAAGCAUGUUUUUCGGUGUAUGUGUAGCCUGUAACUGUACGCAGCUGUGAAACGUUGAGCUCCACUGGUGGUGUUGGUGUAUAGCAUUGCAUUGUUUCAAGGGAACUGGGUGGAAAACACCAGUUUAAUUGCUGAUGAAGGCCUGCUCCAGGUCUUUUCAGAUUUGUUUUGUUCUUAUUGUGAUAUGUUUACAGGGACUGAAGUGGAAGGCGAACAAACAGAUUGAGAUUUUGAUUUUUUUUUCAGCUAUCUGUAAAAAAGUUGCUGUGAUUAGCAUACCAGGAUUUUUGUACAUUAACCAUUCCUGUUUUACCAUGGGCAAUCAUUGUUGCGAUGGAUGUUUCGAUUUUAACAUGUGCCUUUUUGUAGCACUUUUUUGUUUGAUGUUGUGAACAAGUUGACCUUCCGUGGCAGUUUUAACAGCCAGCUCCAUGUGUGCAGACUGCACUGUUGCCCUUUUUUUAAAUUUAUUUUAUUUGGUUUGAAAACGUUUAUUCCACCAAAUGAAUUUUUUCCACAAUGCAUUUAUAUUUCGAGUCUGUUGUGGUUUUUGUCAAUUUAACCUCCCAUAACCUCUUGACUUAUACAGAGCUUAUUUGCUUUUGAGAGGCUUUUUUUAAUGACACCAGUUUUACAUAGACGUAAGGGAGCCUUUAAUACAUUCCUUGAUUUUCACUAGCAAAGCUUUAAGAGGCUAAUGCAAAUGUGCAUUACUGAGUCACCUAAAGCCUCACCGUGUGUACUGUGUCCUUUUAUCGGCACAAAUGGUGUAGUCGUCAAUAAUUCCCCUUGCUGCGCUUCUCUCACACCUGUAAACAGUGUACGUUCUUUGUGUCGUAUUCGCAUACACUUGCAUAUUAUGCAUGAUGUCUUUGACCACAGAUGUUCAUUGGGCUCUCGCCAUCCAUCGCAGUCACUCUCGGUUUCUCCCGCUCAACACUUAAAAAGAAAACCCCUCUCUCUCUUUCGUCACCUCCCCCACCCAUAUUUGUUUGUUUAGUCCGAUCUCCCUCUCUUUCUCUCUUCUGUCUACCUGACCCGCCCACCUACCCACCUCUCUCUUUUCUUUUUUAAUUUUAGGAGGCUUUGAAGUCCACUUGUUUUUGUUUUUUAGAUGGACAGCUGGAAAGCAUUUGUGAACAGAAAGGACAGUAAAUUUGUGACUGUAUUCACAUUGGGCUAAAGAAAUGAAAGGGGAGGCAUGUGUAAGUAGCAUUGUUGUGCUCAAAGUCCAUUUCUUAAAGGAGCGCUCUCACAAACUAUUGUACAAAGUCCUCAACCAUUUACUUCUAAAACACGAACUUGCUGCAUUUCUCGGCUAUAAAUCACAGUAGGAUUUUAAGUCAUUAUGCGGAAUCGUUCCGCAUGUUAUUCAGAGCACACCUGGAUUUGUUUCCUUUUUCUUUCCAAAGAAAAAGAUCCAACCUCAUCGAAGCGGGACAUUCGUUUCUCGAUCUGUGUGUGCGCCUGUUAAAGGGUGUACCUGUUUGUUCUCCGUUUCUCCCAAAAUCGUUGUUUAGACCGAUAACCAGUUUGUUUAGAACACUGCGUUUAUACUGUUCACAAGUGUUUCCCUGUCGUAAUAAUGACGGUUUCUCACCCAGGACACUUCUGUCCGAUGCAUACUUGUGGCUUGAACAUGGCGUCUUUACAUCUCUCUCUCCCUCUCUCCUUCCGUUUAAGGUGGCCGUCUUAUGCAACAUUCCUUACUCCUUACUUUGCUCCUGUUGUCAGAUCACUACUACUCAGCUUCACAUAUCGCCCUUUUAACCGUUCACUUUCACUCUUAUGUGUGAAAACUCCAUGAAUUCAGUGUGAAAUAAAAUUCAUUGGUUUUCGAA